AUGCAGGCAAGGAAUCCCUUCACUCCGGGGGACGCCCUGUCCCCCCCCUUCGGGGACCACAAUGGUGCCGUCUGCCCGGAGUGGCGGCCUCCCUGAGGCUUCUGCCCGGAGUUGGCGCGCUUGGCGUCCCUCCCUCCCUGCCCCGCGGGCGGGCUCUGCGCGGGGCCUGGGAGGCCGGCGCCCGCCUCGGCCUCGAGUCUUGCGAGUUCUGCUUCGGAAUCCCGGCAGCUUUCCUUUCCCUCCUCGGGGCCGUUCUUUGCCUCCCUCUGUUCACUUUCCCCGCCGCCCUCCUUCUCCCUCUUUCUUCGAAAUUGUGGUAAAUGCCAGGUAAGGUUUGACCUGGAUGAAGCCGCGGGUCCGACAACAACGGCCUACUAAUUUAUUAAUACUGUAUUUACAGGCUGUCUAGUAACAAGCUGCAAGAAUGAGUGAUUUCCAGUGCAAUAUACUACAACUAUAAACUAAGUAUAAAGAGGAAAACAAAAUCGGAAUAAAAAAAAUCCAACACAUGCGAACUCGGGGUUUAGAUUUUGAAGUAAAGGGCUUUAUCCAAUUGGUACUCUGGCAGGCAAGGGUUUUUUUAUCGGAGUUGUCUGCUAAUGGAGGGGGAGGGUAAGCAGUUUUUGCCAGUUCCCCCUUGCAUCCAUCUUAAAACAUAUUUUGGAGGGUUCCACCAACUUUCCAGAACAGAUAUUUGGAGUGCAGGGAGGUGACAGGGGGAGAAAGAAUUUGCAAAAAUUGCUGCCCCUUCCAUUAGCAGACACCUCUGCUGAAGCAACAGUGCAUGGACAACUACUUGGAAAUAAGUCUUAUUAAUUUUCAAUUGCAGAAAUCCAGUAUAG